AUGGACCUUCACAGCAUUGACGAAAGUCCUAUGUCCAAGAGAGGACUUCACCUAGAUUUGGAACUUCCCGUACAAAUACUUUUCUCUGCUAAAGAAGAUCCUGAUAAGUCUUUUUCAGUUGCUGGACAUGUAUUUGAAGCAUUGUGUGAUUUUACAGGUGAGGAAGAAGGUGACCUUAGCUUUAAAUCAGGUGACUUGCUAACUGUGCUUAGUGUUCGAGAUGAUGGAUGGUGGGAAGCAGAAAAUUCAGAAGGUUGUAAAGGCCUUAUUCCAUCUACCUACAUGAAAAUGUGUAAUCAAAAUACUGAACCAAAUACAAGUGAUAGUAACAUGCCACAGAAAAGAUCAGUUCAGUUAUGGCAUGGAAUACAGAAAGCACUUAAGGAGCCCAGUGCAUCAGAUGUUAUUUCAGCUCUUGGUGCUUUACCAUCAGGGUUUCGAACUUCUUAUUUCUCUAAAUUACUGGAAGAAAAUGAUAAUUAUUCUACUUCUUCAUACUUAGUUCCAAAACUGAGCAACUCAGGCUUGUCAUUUCAUGAUACAUUCUGGGAUCCUAUCAAAGAAACUGUAAAGCCCCAUCAUGUAAAAAUUGAACGUUUGAUAACUAUUGUUGCAUGCAGAAAGAUACCACUGCCUGGUUUAGGAACAGAAGUUUUAAGCCAGCAUGUAUAUAUGUGUCUUCAUGAUGGAGUUAAUAUUCUGAGUAACAUUCAUACAGUUAGAACAAAACUGGAUCCUAAAAAUCCAGAACAGUGGUCUUUUAGCUCUAAACUCUCACAAGGUGCAUCUGGUGAAGAAGAAAGCCAAUGUUUUAUAAGAACAUCAAAUACUUCACCAACAGUUGGAAUUAUUUUCCAACCCUGUUUAAAAUAUAAGAGGGUUAGCACUGGAGAGGAAGAAGAAGUUAGUUGUGGCUGGGUGUUUGUUCACCUUUUAGAUGACUCUGGAAGACCUGUUGCCAAUGUGACAAAAGUACUUCAUAUCCAUGGUGGUAAUCCAUUUGAAAAAGAUGUAUCUGUGAACCCCAGUCAUCAGAAAAACUUGGGAAGUUCACUUAAAGCUUUAAUAUUGAAAACACAAGAACCAAGGCUAGUUAUAAGACUUUCUGAACCACGGGGAGAACUGAGUGAACAGCUGAGUUUUCUUCCAGAUACUUUAAUUGGACCUAAAGGAGACAUAUCACUGUUGACUAUAUACAGGCACUGCCUUGCAGAAACUAUUACAGAGACUCGAUUAGGAGCCAACUGUGCUGACUUUUUACAUUCACCUUUGUUAAGUACAUUUCCUCAGUUGCUGAAACAUAGAAAUAUUUUUGAUUUAUUUAAAAAUAAGUGGAUUGAUGUUCUUAAAAAUCAGAAACGAAAUAUUAGAAAGGACAUGAAAAAACAGUCAGUACUGUUCACCAAUGUCUUUCUUGAAACAGCAUACAUAAUUUUACAUUGUGAUUCCAUGAUGUCAGACAGCAAAUCAAGCACUUCACAAGUGGAAGAAGUAAACUGGAAGAAUAUGAAUCAACUGGACUUACUGUAUCAGGAAAGGGGUCCACUUGGAAUUGCUUUGUCAUCUUGUGUAGAUCAUAGUCCAUUUGAGAUAGAUGAACUGACACUGGAUAUUGUUAGGAAAGACUGCUUUCCAUGUGAAGAAUGUAAAUGAGAAGGAAGCUGCUACAAACAUAAUAAUUUUUGUUAAGCUAAGUUAAAUACACACAUACACAUGUUGUGAAAGUAGAUAUUAUUCAUAUAAUAGUAUAAUUAAUUGUAGAUAUUCUGAUGGAGUCUGUUUGGACUCCUAUAAGAUUUUUUAAACACAUUUUUCUAAACUAUUCAUUGGCACAGCAAUAAUUCUUUUGGUUUUCACUUAACUCUUAAAAACUGGGUUUUGAUACCCUUGGUGGGCACAGCACAGAUAGCCAGUUGUGUAGCUUUGUGUUAAAAUACAAACCAACUAAAUUAUUUCUCCAUCAAAUUGCUUGUGAAUCCAUGAUUUUGCUAAACCUUAAUCACACAUGUAUCACAUUAAAAAAUUUUAAAUGAAAAUACCAACAAUACUACAAUUAAUCCUACUAAUUACUGUUGGGGUUUUCUAUUAUUUUACAUAUUUGGCUUGUGACAGUCAAAAACAUAAAAUUACAUAGUAUUUAGACUCCACUAGUAAUGAAUGAUGUGUAAACAAGUUGUUCAAUUGAGAAUUAAUGAAUGCAAAGUGAAGUUUGCAACUGUUUAUUAUUUUAUUGUCACUGAAUAUUUUAGAAUAAAGUGUUUGUUAUGAUAUAUGUGUUUUUGUAUAGUUUUAGUCAUGUAUCUGGUACCAUUAAUAUUCGAAAUUUCUUUACCAGUAAAAACAAAU